AUCGGCCCCAAGCGAGGCCGAGGCUCCGACGGUGGCCGGCAGGGCUCUCGAGGCUUCGGGGCGGAGGGUCCGGUUCGGCGCGUGGGACGCGGCCGCAGCUGUGCCGGGGAGUAGCGGAGCGGCGGGGACCCAAGGACAUGGCGGCGGUCUCCGCGGUGUCGGCACUGCUGGCGGCGGCGGCGGCGGAGAGGAACCGGUGGCAGCGGCUCCCGAGCCUGCUCCUGCCGCCGAGGACAUGGAUGUGGAGGCAAAGAACCAUGAAGUACGCAACAACCACAGGAAGAAACAUUACCAAGGUCCUCAUUGCAAACAGAGGAGAAAUUGCCUGCAGGGUGAUGCGCACAGCCAGAAAACUGGGUGUACAGUCCGUGGCGGUUUAUAGUGAGGCUGACAGGAAUUCCAUGCAUGUAGAUAUGGCAGAUGAAGCAUAUUCCAUCGGCCCUGCACCCGCCCAGCAGAGCUACCUUUCUAUGGAGAAAAUCAUUCAAGUGGCAAAGACCGCUGCUGCACAGGCUAUCCAUCCAGGAUAUGGCUUUCUUUCAGAAAACAUGGAAUUUGCUGAACUUUGUAAGGAAGAAGGAAUUAUUUUUAUAGGUCCUCCUUCAUCUGCAAUUAGAGACAUGGGUAUAAAGAGUACAUCCAAAUCCAUAAUGGCUGCUGCUGGAGUACCUGUUGUGGAGGGUUAUCAUGGUGAGGACCAGUCAGACCAGUGCCUGAAGGAGCAUGCUGGGAGAAUUGGCUAUCCUGUCAUGAUUAAAGCCGUCCAGGGUGGAGGAGGAAAAGGAAUGAGGAUCGUUAGAUCGGAACAAGAAUUUCAAGAACAGUUAGAAUCAGCACGAAGAGAAGCCAAGAAGUCUUUCGGUGACAGUGAUGUGCUGAUCGAGAAGUUUGUAGACACACCGAGGCAUGUAGAAGUCCAGGUGUUUGGGGAUCACCAUGGCAAUGCUGUGUACUUGUUUGAAAGAGACUGUAGUGUGCAGAGGCGACAUCAGAAGAUCAUUGAGGAGGCCCCAGCGCCUGGUAUUAAACCUGAAGUAAGAAAAAAGCUUGGAGAAGCUGCAGUCAGAGCUGCUAAAGCUGUAAAUUAUGUUGGAGCAGGGACUGUGGAGUUUAUUAUGGACUCAAAACAUAAUUUCUAUUUCAUGGAGAUGAAUACAAGGCUGCAAGUGGAACACCCUGUUUCGGAGAUGAUCACAGGAACUGACUUGGUGGAGUGGCAGCUUAGAAUUGCAGCAGGAGAGAAGAUUCCUUUGAGCCAGGAAGAAAUACCUCUGCAGGGCCAUGCCUUCGAAGCUAGAAUAUAUGCAGAAGAUCCUAACCAUAACUUCAUGCCUGAGACUGGACCACUAGUGCACCUCUCUACCCCGCCAGCAGACCCUUGCACUAGAAUUGAAACUGGAGUACGGCAAGGAGAUGAAGUUUCUGUGCAUUAUGACCCCAUGAUUGCGAAGCUGGUCGUGUGGGGGGCAGAUCGCCAGGCGGCGUUGACAAAACUGAGGUACAGCCUUCGUCAGUACCAUAUUGUUGGACUGCACACCAACAUCAACUUCUUACUUAACCUGUCUGGCCACCCGGAGUUUGAAGCUGGGAACGUGCACACUGACUUCAUCCCUCAGCACCACAAAGAGCUGCUGCCCAGUCGGAAGGCUGCAGCCAAAGAGUCUUUAUGCCAGGCAGCCCUGGGCCUCAUCCUCAAGGAGAAGGCCAUGACUGACGCCUUCACUCUCCAGACGCAGGAUCAGUUCUCUCCAUUUUCAUCUAGCAGUGGAAGAAGACUGAAUCUCUCUCACACCAGAAACAUGACUCUUAAAGAUGGUAAAAACAAUGUAGCCAUAGCUGUAACAUAUAACCAUGAUGGGUCUUACAGCAUGCAGAUUGAAGAUAAAACUUUCCAAGUCCUUGGUGAUAUUUACAGCGAGGGAGACUGCACUUACCUGAAAUGUUCUGUUAAUGGAGUUACUAGUACAGUUAAGCUGCUUAUCCUGGAAAACACUCUUUACCUGUUUUCCAAGGAAGGAAGUAUUGAGAUUGACAUUCCAGUCCCCAAAUACUUACCUUCUGUGGGCUCAGAAGGAACUCAGGGAGACCCCUUAGCUCCUAUGACUGGAACCAUUGAAAAGGUAUUUGUUAAAGCCGGAGACAGAGUGAAAGCUGGAGAUUCCCUAAUGGUUAUGAUCGCCAUGAAGAUGGAGCAUACCAUAAAGGCUCCAAAGGAUGGUACAGUAAAGAAAGUGCUCUACAGAGAAGGUGCACAGGCCAGCAGACACACUCCGUUAGUCGAGUUUGAGGAGGAAGAACCGGACAAAAGGAACUCGGAAUAAACUGCAGGAAGGAAAUGGUCAGUGAAGUAGUGUCUUCUCGCUCCACCAAAAAGAGAAACUGCCUCUUGCUUUUCUCGGGGUCUCUUAAGGCACAGUUUUACUAAAUGAUCAUAUGCUUGUGCCUUUCACAUUUGAAAAUCAUGCAUCUGGGUCACAAAUAUAAAUUAUCUCCAAAAUUUCCUACUAAUAAAGUUGAAUCAUUCUUUUUUAUUGGAAGC